CUAGUGAAAUAAAUGUAUAUAAUUAGUUAAAUAAAAUGAGUUUAUAUUAAAAAUAAUAUUUUAUAACCACAAUAAAAAAAUAAAACAAAAUAUAUCUUAAAUAAUAAUGAAAAAUGAAUAUAAAUUUUACACGGGAGUUCUGCAAAAGUGUGUUUCUAUAUAAUUUACAAAAUUAUAUUAGGUUUUGUGGUAACUUUAAAACAGAAAGAAAAUAUAAUAAGCUUUUAAAAGACAACGAAGAGAAAUUCAAUAAAAUCCAUUUUACUAUUAAAAAAAGAUUAAGAACAAAACUAUUUUUGAAAAAUAAUGAAACAAAAGAAAUAAAAUUCAAAUAUUGUGAUAUUUGUAAAAAUAUUUUUAUUUUACAUGAAAUGAUGAAAAAUCAUUUAGAAAAUUUUAAAUUUCAUUAUAAUAUUCGUGCAGUUUUAUUUAUUACUAAUUUUUUAUUAUUUUUUUCAUUAGUAAAUAGUCAAGCCUAUGGAACCCCCCCAGUUCCAAAAAAUGCUAUAAUAAAAAAUUUAACUGAAAGUAAUGGUAAACCUGAAGCACAUUAUGUUUGCGAUCCUGGAUAUGAGAUGUUUGGUUCACCUGUAAUUCGAUAUAGUGAAAAAACGGGGUGGGACAAUUUUAAUUCUGUUUGUGCUGUUAACAUUGCAACUGGAAAACCUACCAACCAAAGCUCUAGCAGUAGAUUGGGUCCAUCAAAAUUUGCCAAUGAUGGGAUGCUUGGAAAUAAGAAUCCAGAUGGAGAAGAAUGCUCAGAAACGCUGAAAGAAGUAUCACCAUGGUGGCAAAUUGAUCUGUUGGUUCCAGAAAUAAUAAAUGCUGUACGAAUAACUACAAGAACUUGCUGCGGAUAUCAAUUGCAAGAUUUAGAAAUUCGUGUUGGAAACAGUUCAGAUUUGCAGAAAAAUCGACUUUGCGCUUGGUUUCCCGGCGCAUUGGAGGAAGGAGUAACUAAAACAUUUUUAUGUGCAAGAGCUUCUGUUGGACAAUAUGUUUUCAUACAAUUAGUUGGUAUAGAAAGCAGUUUAAGUUUAUGUGAGGUGGAAAUAUUUAGUGAAAGUGCGAUUCCAAUAAAUCGUUGCAUUCGCCCAAAUUUUAUCGCAGACACAUAUGUUACUACAUUUGCCAAUACAUGCUAUGAGUUUCAUACAACUUCAGGAAAUAAAUUUACUGAAGCUCAAAAAAUAUGCAAGAGGAACGGCGGAAAUUUAAUAAACAAUUUUCUUGGAUCACCAUCAAAAUAUGUAAACUCUGUACUAGAACGACGAAAAGGAACAUUAAAAACAAAUUUGAUUUGGAUUGGUGCUCAAAAGGAUGAAGGAAUUACUGCAAGAUCAUGGAAGUGGAUCGAAGGGAACACGAUUUCUAAGCCACCCUGGGGUAAAGAUCAACCAAAUAACUACAACGGAGAGCAAAAUUGUGUUGUCCUUGACGGUGGCAGAAACUGGCUUUGGAACGAUGUAGGUUGUAACUUGGAUUAUUUACUCUUUAUUUGCCAGUAUGAGCCCUACACUUGUGGGUCUCCGCUUUUAAAUCAGAAUUCAACUAUAAGUAGCCAUAAUUUCACAAUUGGAAAAGAAAUUAGCUUUAAUUGUUUAGAAGACAAUGCAUUGAUUGGGCAAAAAACAUUGAAAUGCACUAAAAACGGAUUAUGGAGUGGUACACCACCCACUUGCAGUUACAUCAAUUGUGGUGAACUACCCAAAUUAGAAAAUGGCCGAAUUGAGCUUAGCAAACCAAAAACAACUUUUGGAACAAUUGCCAUUUAUACAUGCAACGUUAAUUAUACAAUUAUUGGGGCAAAUGAGCGACUAUGUUCAAACAAUGGUUGGUCUGGGGAGCAGCCAUCAUGUGUGUUCAAUUGGUGUUCGGAUCCACCAAAUAUUUUUGGUGGUGAUGUUAAAAUAGAAGGUAAUCAACUGAAUUCAAAAGCCGUAUACACUUGUGAUAAAGGAUAUGUGAUGACGGGUGAACCGAUUCUUGUAUGCGAACUGGGUGGUAAAUGGUCGGGGAGAGCACCAACGUGUAGGUUCGUCGAUUGCGGGGCACCAGCUCGGCCAGACAGAGGGAGUGUAGUCCUAGUAAAUAAUUCCACGACUGUAGGAUCAAAAGCUUUAUUUUCUUGUGAAGAAGAUUACUGGUUAUACGGUACAAAAGAAUUAAUUUGCACUAUUGAUGGGAAAUGGUCCGGCGAAACUCCAUUUUGUGAAUUAAUUACUUGCGAGAUCCCUCCAGUGCCUACGGGUUCCUACGUCGUUGGUUAUGAUUACAAUGUGAAUUCGAUUAUACAAUAUCAUUGCGAUCCUGGAUAUCUACUUAAAGGUCAACCUAAAUUACAGUGCCUUAACAAUGGAGAAUGGAAUGCUGAACCACCUUUAUGUGAAUAUGUUGACUGUGGUUUGAUCAAAAGUUUUCCCAAUGGACAUGUAGAGUACUCUUUUAAUAAAACUUAUUUAGGGUCGAUUGCAAGUUUUACAUGUAAUAGUUCAUAUAAAUUAGUGGGCUCGGAAAAUAUUACAUGUUUAGAAUUAGGUGAUUGGAGUAAUCCAAUACCGCAUUGUGAAGAGAUAAGAUGUGUAGAACCAAUUUUGGCUGCGCACAGUAUAUUAUCUGUAACAGGUAAUGAUAGAAUGUAUGGAAGAACUUUGAUUAGAACUUCAGAAGCGUCAAACCAAGCUCAAACAUACAAAAUUGGUGCAUUGGCAAAAUAUCGCUGUGAAAGGGGAUAUAAAAUUGUUGGAGAUCCACUGGUGACGUGUAAUGAAAGUGGAAUUUGGAGUGGUGUUAUACCUGAAUGCUUAUAUGUCGAUUGUGGUAAACCCCAAAAUAUUUCCAAUGGUAAGAUAAUUUUGGCUACAAAUGCCACAUAUUACGGGGCAGUACUUUUAUAUGAGUGCCAGGAAAAUUUCAAAUUAAGUGGAGUUUCAAGGAGAAUUUGUUCUCAAGAUGGAACUUGGAGCCAUGAAGAACCUGAAUGUCAGAGUAUUACUUGUGAAGAAUUGAAUCCGACCAAUUAUUUAGAAAUCAGCGUAAUGGAAUCUAGAACGGUUGGAUCAAUCGUGAAAUAUAAAUGUGUCAGAGGUAGAAAUCUUUUAGGUAAUAAUACUCGAACAUGCUUGAAGUCUGGUAAUUGGUCUGGAAAGCCCCCACUUUGUCAACCGGUUGAUUGUGGAGUUCCUGAACAGAUUGAGAAUGGUCGCGUGAUAGUUAUAAACGAAACGACAACUUAUGGCGGAUCGGCUGAGUAUCAUUGUAUACCAAAUUUUAUUAGAUCAGGUCCGUUUUUAAGAAAAUGUUUAGACAAUGGUCAAUGGAGUGGAGAGCAACCAGUAUGUGGGGCUUAUACAUUCCAAGAAUCUGAAUCGCAUUUAAGUAGUGGUGUAAUAUUUGGGGGCUCGUUUAUAAUUAUUUUAUUGAUUAUUAUAACAGCGCUUUUUAUAUAUAGAAAUAAACAAUUGCCAGUUAAAAAUUCUGAAAACGUCCAAGCAGCAGAAUCAAAAGAAGACAGGAGUGCCGCAGUGGUAUCAUAUUCAGCUUUUGAAUUAAGCAAUUCUGCAGAAAAUAAUUUAAAAACCUCAAACGAUAAUGUUUACAACGACGCAGAGCAAUGGCAAUAUGACACACCGUAUGAAAUUAAGAACAAUGACGAAGUGUAUGAACCUGAACCUUACAAUGGUUUGAAUUCGAUUACAAUAAAUGGUUUAGCUGUGAGAUAGUAUUUAUCAUAUAGGAAUAAUAUGAAUAUAAUGUUUUGUUAAUGAGUGUGUAUAUUCAUAUGUAUGUAUGUAUAUGGAUAUUUUAUACCCACAUACAACUAUAUAGAAGUACGUAAUUAAAUAAAUAAACAUACUAAAACCCUAAA